GUGCGGGCGGACUUCGGAGCGUAUUCUCCUCCUGGAUCCACGAGGAAGCGCCACAUCCGUUUUGCAGCCCACCAUGAUAUCAUCCUGCUGCGGGAGGUCAUCCACCACAAUCCCUUCUGGGUGCGGGAGUUCGGCCAGGUGUGGGCAGCGGUGGCGGAGAGGAUGAGCGCGGCCCUGCAGGGAGAAGGCUUCGAGGUGGAUGGUAGGAGGUGCAGAGAGAGGACCGCACUACUGCUGGAUUAUUACAAGAGGCAGAAUUUCACCAUGCUACGCAGGGGUGGUACAGAGGCCAUGUAUAUGGAAAAAGAAGAAUUGCUGCGGAAGAUUCUGGAACUGGAGUCUGAGAAAUGGGAAGUUGGCUCUGAUCCACGCCACAGGGACCCUUUGAGAGACACCCUUUGUGUGAAUGUCAGCGAGGAAGCACUACGCAGAGCACAGGAGGAGGCAUCCACUACACUUGCAAUGGAGUCUAAGCAGGAAGACAACAACAUGGGAGAAAGGCUGGUCAAGAAACAAGAAUGCGAAGGCUGCUGCAAUGCAUACGCUCGAAUACUGCAACACUUAGAACGGAGGGCAGAGGCAGAGCAGCGCCUGCGGGAAGAGGAACUAGCUCUGCGACGGGAAGAACUGCAGCUACAGAGGGAAAGAGCCGCGCUGGAGAGAGAAAGGCAGGAGGCCGAGCGGAGGGAGAGGGAGAGGAGGUUUGAGCUGGAAAGGGAAGAAAGACAAGUCAUAUUAGAAAUAUUGAGAGAGAAAAUGAUUAAGUGA